AUGGCCACUAGAUACGCCAAGGAUCAGCCGGAGGGCUUUACCAACCGCAUCGAAAGGGUCGCUUUUGUCGGGGCGGGGGGACAAGUUGGAAGACAUCUCAUUGAUCAGCUUCUUAAAAAUGGCCGGCAUGUGGUGACUGCCAUCACCCGCCCAAGCAGCACCAACCAAAUGCCCGAGGGCGUCAAAGUCGCUCGCGUCGAUUACGCCAGCGACGAUGACACGGCUCUUGUAGAGGCCCUGCGCGGUCAACAAGUCUUGGUGAUCACCAUGAAUGUUAUGGCACCCCCGGACACCAUGAUUAAGCUCAUCCGUGCGGCCGCUAAGGCCGGGGUGUCGUAUAUCGAACCAAACUGGUACGGGCAUGACGCGGCCAACGACGCUCUCUGUGAUGAUAGCCUUCUCACCCCCAACCGUGAUCGCGCCAUUGCCGAAAUCACCCGUCUGGGCGUUAGCGCCUAUCUCUUUCUCGUCUGCAAUUUCUGGUACGAGUUUAGUUUGGGCGGGGGACCCGACCGCUUCGGGUUUGAUUUCACGAAGCGCAGUUUCACCCUGUAUGACGGGGGCGACGUGCCCAUCAACACGACCACUUGGCCGCAGUGUGGGCGAGCUAUCGCAAAAUUGCUGAGCUUGAAGGAGCUCCCCGAGGAUGAGAAUGACCAGUCCCCUACCCUCUCGCAGUUCCGCAACCGCUCGGUCUAUGUGUCAAGCUUCCGAUUGACCCAGCGCGAGAUGUUUGAGAGCAUCAAGCGCGUCACCAAGACCACAGAUGCGGACUGGACCAUCACGCAGGACUCUGUUGCUGAGCGGUUCAAGGAAGGACAGGAGGGGAUGAAGGUGCACAAUUGGAAGGUGUUUACCAAAAUGUUGUACAGUCGGAUGUUCUUCGCGAAUGGUGAUGGAGACUAUGAGUCCAAGCGGGGUCUAGAUAAUGAAUUGCUUGGUCUUCCCGUCGAGAAUUUGGACGAGGCUACGGCAGAGGGCAUCCGGAUGGGAGAGAACAACGAGGUCCCAUUCUCGCACUGA